UUCCUUUCACAAAUCUGUCUUCUUCUUCUUUGCCUUUUCAAAGUCUUUAUAGAUCAUCUUCAAGAGCUGACACGGAAAAACCCUAACUCGUUCAUUUCUCUCUCGCUCUCACUCUGACUCACCGAGUUUCACCGUUUUGACUCAGCGAACCAUGAGCCUAUUCAGGCGAAUCGACCUCAUCGAGGCCCACUACCAUCCCUCACUCUUCCUCAGAGAAACUUCCAUUUUCGCGGCCGAACCCCUAGCUUUCCCCUCAUUUGUGGAGGAGGCAUUCGAUCUCAGCCUCGGUCUCGACCUCCUAAACCCUAAGCCUAGCCCAAUUGCAUUCUUCGAUGCGGUCACCGAUCUGGUCCGCAUCAACGAAACGCCUUCCUUCGCUUCUUACAGACGUAUCCAGCGAGUCGAGAAGAGGCGCGGACCCGAGCAUUUUUACUUGCAGAGCCUGUGCGACCGAGUGAGCGAGCUGGAAUCGCGCUUCGAUCGGCUGGUCAACGCGAGGGAAAAAGGUGGGGACCGUAAGUACACAUGGACAGCGGAGAUAAAGAGCCCGGAGAAGGAUGGCGUGGAACGGAAGUACAAAUGGACGGCGGAGAUCAAGGGAGGGAAGAAGAAGGUGGGAGGGACUGAGAAGAACUAUAAAUGGACGGAGGAGAUAAAGGGGAGGGGAGAGGCGGGGCGCCCGAUCGCGCGGACUUACACGUUCAAAGCAUCGAGCGGCGAUGUAGGUGACUGUAGCGGAUUAAAGGAGAAUAAGAAGAAGGGACUCAAGGGAGAGAGUGACAUGCAUGUGGUGGAGAUCGAAGAUCCUGCAGAUCACGGCGCUGUGAUUUUAAGACAGGCCUUUGCCAAGAGAGUUGGAGCUGUUGGAAAGAGCAAAGGUAAGAAGAAGGAAUUGUCUCCUCAAGAUGCAGCAUUGAUGAUUCAGAUAUGCUUCAGAGCUUAUCUGAUCCGGAGAUCACAGACUCUUCGUGCCCUUAGAGAUCUGGCAGUUGCCAAGACCAAGUUGAAGGAGAUCAGAUCAUUGUUCCAUAAUUUCUCCUACCGCCGGCGCGUAGCCCAUGAUGCAGAGGAGCGUCAGAGGUUCGCAGAAAAAAUUAUCGUCCUGCUCCUUACUGUUGAUGCCAUUGAGGAAGCUGGCCUCAUGGUGCGUGCUGCAAAGAGGUCAAUGGUGGAUGAGUUGGAAGCAAUGCUUGAUGUUGUGGACCCCCAUCCUCCUGGGAAAUCACUUUCCAUGAGGAGGAGGACUUUUGAUAUGCCUGACAGUCGCAUUCAGAAGGAAAUUGCAGCAAGUGUGACACAGGUUGUCGAAAUGCUUAAUCAGGAAGAGCACUCAGAGUGCUGAAUGGAUAUGAAUUUCCUACA